AUGCCGCUGCAUACUGGGGAAACUUAUUCUGGGACCAUUCAAGGUGAUACUCCCAUGGGUCGUCUCCAAGGAGAAGGAUAUCAUUCUCCCUGUCGACAAAUACAAGCUGACAGCCUGAUCUUUGAGGAUCUUCAAGGAACCCCUCAAUCCCGAACAUCUGACCCGAUUCCCGUCGUAGCUCAUGAUAGCUGUGGAACUGGAUUCCUCUUGAUGUUUAUGAUGCCACCUAGGACUACCGAUCUACCUGAGAAUGUUGUCAAAGCCAUUCUGAUGUGUUUGCCUUUGCAAGAUGCGGUGAGGACGAGCAUCUUAUCAAAGAAAUGGAGGUAUAACUGGUGCAGACUUCCACAGUUGACACUUGAUGAUAAACUUUGGAAGACGACAGAUAACUUUCCAUCCUCUUCUAUUAAGUUUGGAUGCAUUAUGUACAACAUUUUGACCCUUCAUUUUGGACCAGUUACUAAGUUUACCCUCUCCAUGUCUGAACUGAAAAAGUAUCCUCAGAUUGGCAGCUUGAUAUAUUUCCUCUCUAGGAACGGUAUUGAACAUCUUGUUCUUCAAUUUUCGGAGUGGAACCGAUACAAAUUGCCUCCAUCAUUUUUCACGUGUUUGCAGUUGAGGCAUUUGACACUCCAAAAUUGUUUAAUAUGUCCUCCACCAGCCUUCAAAGGAUUUGAUACUGUAAACCACAUUCAAAUUAAAGCUCCCAAUUUGAGAUCCUUCGACUUCUCGGGCUGUAUAAAACUUAUUUCCUUAAACAAUGUUCCUCUUCUUGCUAAGCUCUCUCUUUUGUAUGGAGAAUCUUUUGAGGAAUCAGAAAAAUGCGAUCUUGACAAAUGUUUUCAGUCACAUCAUGCCCUUGAGCAUCUCCGCUUGGAAUACGGGAGUGUCAAGUUAAGUUUCUUGGUUGCUGAAGUACCAAGAAGGCUUUCCGUUUCUCUUAACCAUCUUAAACGUCUUUGCGUAUCUCUGGAUGGACUAGACGAUCUUUCAUGUGCUCUUUGCUUGCUGCGAAGCUCCCCAUAUUUACAAGAUCUUGAAGUGAAGGUUAUUAAUGAAGUUUAUAUUUCCCUUUUUCUUGUGCAACUG